CAAUCCUUGACUCAUUGGAGUUUGUUUGACUACUUUUUUAUCACAAGUUCGUCGAUGAAUCUUUACACCUCGUUGAUUUUUACACACUUGACCACAAUUGGGACAGAUAUUUGUGACCACUCCGGUCAUUAUGGCUAUGGAAAAAGAUCGGAAAAGUGUGAACACACGUAAAACUACCUUUAUCGGCAAAAAUUGACUCUGCUUAGAAUCACACAAUAGGUGGAUAGUUCAGUUUAAAACAAAUUAGACAUCGAUAUCUACUUUGAUCGAGGUGGUUCUGCACAGAUUUUUCAACUUUUUCAACUCUGUAGCUUCUGGAGAAUUACAAUUUUUUUCAGAAACGAAAGUUUUAUAUUUCGAAAAGUUCCCUUGACAAGCGCGAUAGGACUCUUAGAAAACCGUCUAAAACCUAUCUGUUCAUUCAUUAACUAUAUGUCUUUUGAAAAAACAUAGAUUAAACUACAUGUUCACGUUCUUUUCUCGAAAAUGAGUUUUCAAGUUUCAAUAAAUCUAUUCAAUGAUGUUCUAUGACUCGUUUAACAACAGAUAGUAUACACAACGACAGAGAAAUAAAAAAAUAUUUUAUGGACGAAAACGAUUUCUAAACUAUAGCUGGUAGUUUGCUAUUGUAAUUUAGAUUCGUCACCAGGUUGAUGUAAUUAUUCCAUUGCAAAACGUGUUGGUUGUUGAAAAACCCUCACAUGUUACGUCAGAUAUUGAUAGCACAUCUGCUUUUAUAAUAUCGACAAAAGAACGAGGCAAUUUCUUAUUUUUUGAUUUUGCUGAACGUGAAAUUGUCUUGAAUAAAUUAUCUGAAAUGCUAUCACAACUUGACGGAACAUUUUCGCCUCCUUCAAAAAUUGAGUGUGAAAUGUGUGGGCUAUUAUACGUUCAGUUCUGUGAAGCCUACUCAGAUCAACGAAAAGCAUUAGAGAAAACAAAAGAAGCCUCUUGGAAUAAUCAUUUUUCAAUAUACGGAAGAGGACCGAGCAUCUACCGAACGAAUGAAAUGUAUGAAUUAAUAUUUCAAGGUUUACCAGAUUCACUAAGAUCGGAACUAUGGCUGACGUUUAGUGGUGCUAUUCAUGAGAAAGCAUUUCAAAAUGAAAAUGGUAUAAAUGCAUUAAGACGUCUGUUAAAAGCGUAUGCUUGUUAUAAUCCUGAUGUGGGUUAUUGUCAAGCAAUGAAUAUAAUUGGUGGCGUAUUGUUAUUGUAUAUGAAUGAGGAAGAUGCAUUUUGGACACUUGCAUCUAUAUGUGAACGUUUAUUACCUGAUUAUUAUAAUAAAAAAGUUGUUGGUGCUCUGAUAGAUCAAGGUGUAUUUACGGAGUAUUGUAAAGAUUAUCUUCCGGAUUUAUAUGAAAAAUUAAAAAUAUUAGGCGUGGCUAGUUGCAUUAGUUUAUCGUGGUUCCUAACAUUAUUUGUUUCUGUUUUACCAUUUCAUUCAGCAAUGUAUGUCAUGGAUAUAUUUUUUUUCGACGGUAUUAAGGUUUUAUUUCAAAUAGCUUUAAUUAUCUUGCAUGAAAAUCGUGAUGAAUUAAUGCAAUGUAAUGAUGAUGGUGAUGCUAUUAUGGUUUUAACAACUUAUUUAGAAAAUAUAACAAGUUCAGUACGUAAACUUAAUGAAAGUGACGAUUUAUCUGAUGAAAAAACAUCCAUUGUUUAUUUGAUAAAACAAUCUUAUAUAAAUUACAACGAAAUUAAUGAAGAUGAUAUAAAUAAAUUACGUUUAAAACAUCGUCUAAAAGUUGUACAAGGCAUGGGAGAAAAUUUAUCGCAAAGUGCAGCGAAAAAUACAACUAAAUAUUGUAAAUUUACUGAAUCACAAAUCAAAGAUUUAUUUUACGUAUUUAAAGACGUCUCUCGUAUACCAUUGACUGAAGCUAGUGAUCCUCGAAAACUCGCCUAUGAAUCUUACCGUGUUGGGAAGACAGAAUUUUUAGUUUUGUACAAAUGUCUAUCCCCAUGGUAUGUUGGUGAAUCACCGGAAUAUCUUUAUGAUAAACUAUUUCAUACUAUGUGUCUAUAUAAUCACCCAUCAUUCUAUACACCAACACAAAAUCCAAUGUUAAAUGAAAUUGAUUUUCCAAAAUUUAUCCGUCUAUGGGAUAUAAUGUGUCUUGGAGAUGUUCAAACAAAACUAAAAUUAUUGUUUAUAACACAUCUCGAUGGUAACAAUAAAAUAACAUUUAUUUCCAAUAUAUUAACACAGAUUCUCUUCCAUUUAGAUGAUGCUCAUCAGAUUCAAGCAUUAUCAAUGUUAUUUCCAUCCACAAAAUCAUCACGGUCUAACUCACUACCAUCCCAUGCUAUGAAUUAUCCUGUUAAUAUAGCGAAUGCUAUUGUCGGAGUAAAUCAAUUUGGAAAUGGUCUUUACACAAUAAAAAAACCACUUGAUGAAAUAGAUCAACAAUGUUCGGUGAAUGGAGAAUUAAGUCAUUUAAAAGAGAGUAAAUUGCCAUUAAUUAGUCAGAGUGAAUUUAUUCAUUUAUGUAAAUCACUCUAUUGUUUGAUUACUGGUUCAACGAAUGAGGAAGAAUUAUUUAAAUCAUUAACAACUUCAACCACUAUUUUAUUGAAAACCGGUGAAUUAUAUAAAUCAUUUUGUCCUGAUUCAACAUCAAAAAUCUCCAAUGACACAUCGUUAACGUCUACUACUGACGAACAAUCAUCAACAGCUAUCGAUAAUGCAAAUAAUAAUAAUAGUGAUGGGUGGAAAAUUAGUUUUGAACAGUUUAAUACUGCUAUGAAUGAUGAAAAGUGUCUAGUCAAUUGGUUUGCAAUAAAAUUUUCUUUAGAAGAUAAAAUUGUCAAUUAUAAUCAAGAUUGUUUAAGAUAA